GUGCUGUGAUUGGGGAUGGACAGUCAGCUGUGGCCAGCAACAUUGCCAACACCACCUACCGGCUCCAGUGGUGGGACUUCACUAAAUUUGAUCUGCCUGAAAUCAGCAAUGCCUCGGUGAACGUGCUUGUUCAAAACUGCAAGAUUUACAAUGAUGCCAGCUGUGAUAUCUCUGCCGACGGGCAGCUGCUGGCAGCCUUCAUUCCCAGCAGUCAGAGAGGCUUCCCUGAUGAGGGAAUACUGGCUGUGUAUUCUCUGGCACCCCACAACUUGGGCGAGAUGCUUUACACAAAGCGAUUCGGCCCUAAUGCCAUUUCUGUGAGCCUGUCUCCAAUGGGCAGAUACGUAAUGGUGGGACUGGCUUCCCGACGCAUCCUGUUGCACCCCUCCACGGAACACAUGGUUGCUCAAGUCUUCAGGCUGCAACAGCCCCAUGGUGGAGAAACCUCUAUGAGGAGAGUUUUCAACGUUCUGUACCCGAUGCCUGCCGACCAGAGAAGACAUGUCAGCAUCAACUCUGCUCGCUGGCUGCCUGAGCCAGGCCUGGGAUUGGCGUAUGGCACCAACAAAGGGGACCUGGUGAUCUGCCGACCAGAGGCCUUAAACUCUGGAGUUGAGUACCACUGGGACCAGCUGAAUGAGAACGUCUUCGCUGUGCAUUCCAGCAGCAGGAGCACUGAGAGGCCUGGAACCAGCCGAGCCACAUGGAGGACAGACAGGGACAUGGGCCUGAUGAAUGCCAUAGGCCUGCAACCCCGAAAUCCUCCCACCUCUGUGACUUCGCAGGGUACCCAGACCUUGGCACCUCAGCUGCAGAAUGCCGAAACUCAGACAGAGAGGGAGGUACAGGAGCAGGAAUCCGCCUCUGCAGGGACUGGGGAAGGUGAAGGUCCAGAGUAUGGGGCUAGUGGGGAUGAUGCCCUGAGUAGGAUCCAAAGGCUGAUGGCAGAAGGUGGCAUGACUGCUGUGGUCCAGCGGGAGCAGAGCACCACCAUGGCGUCCAUGGGCGGCUUUGGCAACAACAUCAUUGUGAGCCACCGGAUCCACCGCAGCUCUCAGACUGGUGCAGAGUCCACCGGAGUUGAGGGUACAUCAGCACAGCAAUCCACCUCGCAGCAGCUGGCAGCUGAGCUGGAGGGACAGAUCCUUUCAGAGUCUAUGCAGCUGUCAGAGCGCGGCCUGAGCCCGCGGACAGCCCCUAGCGGGAGUGAAGGACAAAGCGUUGGUGGCCUGGACCUGCCAGAGCAGGCCCAGUCUUCCAUGGACACUGAGGGACCAAUUGAAUACAGUGACCUAACUAAUAAUAACCAUCUUCCUGACAGUACCAACUUUUAUAGUAAUGACAGCACCAGUGGGGAGUCGCGGAACAGGUAGAGAUUGAGUUGUGUGUUGGUGCUACCCUUGUACUGCUCAGCAGAGACCUGUACCUCACAGCUGGCCAGGAGCUGGAAGAGUAGGGACGUGUGGCUCUGACAGCAUGCUGGUGGUUCAGAGGGCUUCUCUAUCCUCGGUGAGUGGGAAGGGAUCAGAACUGCAAGGGAAGCAAUGGGGAAGAAAGUGUACUUAACUUUGAACAUUCCAGCUGCUGAAGAGUUAACAGGAGUAUGAACCAUACUGGCUGCACAUCAUGCAGAUUUUGAAGCCCUGUGGGAACCCCUGAGCUCAGCCCUAACCCUGCAAUUCGGUGUCAUCCUUUGUAAAGCUUCUUUCCUUUCCUCUUUCCUGCCCUUUUAUGCCCAGGGGCUGAUCAGUAGAGUGAAGAAAGAGAAGGGGGCCUGCAGCAUCCUUCUGGAGACAGGCACUCCAACUGGGCAAACUUGGGCGUGAUGCUCCAGCUCUGUUUUUGGAGUGGAGGAGUCUUCCAGGUCACAGUCCCACUCUGUGGCAUAGCACUGCUUCCCCCUCAGACUGUGAUGUUCUGAGACCCGUCCUGCCUGCCCUGUGGUCUUUUCUGGUGAGAAAUGGGCUUUGCCAAAACGUUCAUGGCUCAGGAUCUGCUCACAGGUGGGGAUCUUUCCUUUUUAGAGAGUUAGUUUAGUACUUGGCAGGAACCUAAGCAGAGCUGCUGUAUAGAAGGGUAGAGAGACAGGGGCUACUGCUCUCUAGUCAGGAUGCGGUUCACGCAAGGAUGUUCUAAGCUGUGCCAAUAUUAACAUGAAUGAGCCAUCCCAGUGGUUUCAUGGUGCCAGGACUGAGCUACACCUCCUUGGCAGGGGGCAGGAAAUGUCUUUCAGCUCCAGGCCAGGGUGUGAGGUAUGAGUCUGUGAUGUAAGGUGUUGCAUGUGAAAUCUUGACCUUGUACAUGUAGUU